AUGCCAUUAAUCUCAUUUUUCAAAAGUUCUACUAAUGAUGGAAAAGAGUUAUUCGUUAAAUUUCCUGAAUUGGUUAUUGUUUCAAUGUACGAGCAUAGUCUAUUAACACUUAAUGAGAAUUCAGUUAACAAGAUAGAAGAAUUAGUUAAAUAUAUUCGUAUAACUGGACAAAAUCAAGUCAUAUGUAUAUUUUCUUUUCACGCUACUAAAAGUGAAGAACAUUUAUUACUUCGAGUUAGGAAAUUGAAAAUUAAUUAUUUUUAUCAAGACUUAAAGGACUAUUGUGAUUUAAUGAAAAAUUCUAUGGAAUUGGUGAUAAUAAAUAAUAUCAUCGAACAGUCAUAUGCCUUUGAUGUUAUUUGUGAUAUUGGUUUUGAAAAAAUAAAUCUAAAUUUUGGUGAUACAAAAGAGUGGAAAGUUCCAGAGUGUGUAAAACACUUAAUGUUUAUUGGAUUAACCAUUCAGACAUUACCAAAAAUAGUCUUACACCAAUAA